GAUCGAGUGAAUGGUGGAGGACCGGUGGUUUUUUCUACCAUAAAAAGGGACCCGGGGCUUGACUUUUCUGGGGACGGACGUGUGGAGUACCGUGCAAGGUGGAAUAUUCUUCCAUUCGGCAGGACAGAUUUGCACUUGCGGAGGAGCCCAGGACUGGAGGCAGAGCAUGGAGAACCUGGUCUUCACAGUGCUUCAUUGUCACCAGGAGCGCCAGCGGACGGGGGGCUAGUCCUGAUGGCAGGCGCCUGGGCCGUGGCCUGCGCGGGACGCUUGCUCUAGAAGCUUAUUGGAGGGGCCACACUUCACCAGGAGACAUCUACAGGACGUGUGCCCAUGAGGUCGUCAACGCUGGCCUUGCUCAUCCUGAUCAGCGUCCAGGCUGCAGUGCGUAUUGGAGGGGACGCCCAGGGGACCUCUGGCCGAAACACGGCAGAGCCAUCCAGGACAUCAGCUGGCACCCAAACCUCCAACCCCAGCCAGCAGCAGCAGCAGGACUCCCACUCACAUCCCAUCCCGGUGGUGGACCCUAAACUGUUCAACAAACGGCGCUAUCGUUCACCUCGGGUGCUGUUUAGUGCUAUGCCCCCAGGAGUCGAAAUAGACGGGGUCCCCGGGCCAAGCCCACGAGUGCGGCGAAAGGCUAAUAAGCCACUGCACCGGGGUGAGUACUCGGUGUGUGACAGCGUCAACCGCUGGGUGGACAACAAGACCAGGGCCACGGACAUGGCAGGCAAUGAGGUAACUGUGCUGCCCAACUUCAACAUUGAGAAUGUGUCUAUCAAGCAGUACUUCUUUGAGACCACUUGCCGUGGCGGUGGCCGCUCAGGUGCCUCAGGCUGCCGAGGCAUUGACGGACGCCACUGGAACUCUUACUGCUCCAACACACACACGUUCGUGCGAGCGCUCACCUCCUUCCAGAGCCAGGUGGCCUGGCGGUACAUCCGCAUCAACACAGCCUGCGUGUGUGUGCUCAGCCGCAAGUCUUGGAGGCACUGAGGGCACGUAGAUGUUCCCGCUAUCCAUGCAGCCUCCAACCACCCCUCCAGAGUCCCGACCAACCAUCCUGCCAGACCCCACCCUCAACCUCUUCUCAAAACAGCCACAACUGCCUUAAUGCCAACCAGCAGCCCCACCCCCACCCACUAUACCCCUUUGA